AUGGCUCAUAGCCAUCACCGUCACUCGCGGGUUGAGCAACUACACAGCACCAGACGUCGGCGUGAGAUUGCGCAAAAUGGCGGGGACUCUGGUCCCAGUUUACUCGAAGAGGGCGAUUCUUCAAAGCUCCCCACGCUUCCUGCCGCUGAUACGCCACCAGAAGAAGCUUGCGACUCGUCACACAACUUGGCAUGUCUGGAGCAUCGAAUGAAUGGGCCCGAUACACCGGUUGAAAAACGGGAUGACACGGCGUCUUCCGAUAGCGUGACGCUUGUUGAGACGGUCCUGCAGGUCGUCGAUGCGAGCUCCCACGUCCUCUUGCAGUCGACUGCAGCCGAUUACCCAGUGACGAUCUCAGACUCCGCCUUUGGAGCUUUCACUAUCUCAAGCGCAGACAGCAUAACUGCGACUGCCUCUCUGGAUGUGACUGCUUCUGUAGAUGUGGCGUUGAUGACCUCUCCAACACUUGCACCUGCUACUCAACCGACAACCUCGGUGCUGUCUGAGACUUCACUGUUGACCAGCUCGACGAACUCCACUCAAUCCGCCACCAGUACUGUAAGCCAGACAUCGUCAUCAACUAUUAGAGCUGCGUCGGCCAUGAGAUCCCCUGCCCGAUCUUCGACUCCUCUUAUCUCACCUUCGAGUGCCACACAUACUGCCUCUGCCUCGGUGACAUCACCUCAUGCUUACAAUCUGUGGUCGAAUCCCAGCAAUAGCUCGAGCUCCGCAACAAGCCCCAUCACAAGCUUGUCUACCAGCGAAACCUACAUCGCCUCUUCGUCCACAGGUUUCGGUGGGUCUUCUCAAACACCGACCGCAACGAGCACAACCUCUGCGCCAUCCACAAGCGAAACACAGGCCUCAGGGUCAAAUUCGAGCAGCAAUUCCGACACACCAAAAAUUGUCGGCGGUGUAGUAGGAUCAGUCGCCGGACUCGCUCUGCUUAUCUUCCUUCUUUUCUAUUUCCUGCGUCGUCGGGGAUUCUUGAUGGGAAAGAAAGGACACACCGCUAUCUCAGAUGAUGCAGCUGCCGGAGCCGGAGCCGGCGCUUUGGCGGCAGGAUUAGGAACCAGGGAAAUCACUGAGCGGCCCAACAACGAAAACCGUUUCACAGCCUCAUAUUUUGCUCCCGCAUUCAUGAAGCGCUGGCGCCAGUCAACUGCAACAAUGCGCACCGACAGCACAGUCGACUCCACCUCCAGUGAGCGAGGUUUCCAAAAGAUCUCCGGCCGCAAGCUUCCUCCAGUCCUCACCCACGGAGGCGAUGGCUUCGGCGGGGGCCUCGAUGGCGAUUCUCCCACCGUCCCAGGCUUCGCUCCCACCUCACCAGCGCCCGGACCCGUAGGCUCACCUACGUAUGCUGCUCCACCCCCAGCUUCUCCAUACGGUAUGCCCUUGGACUCUAACGUCACCCGCGAGGUCCAAGAGCACACUCCGCCAUCAAGACCUGGUCCUGCACACGUCCCCAUACCGAAUACAGUCAACGCCGCACAUUCCAUCACGAUCACGCCUGCGCACCCUCUCGUACAGCCCCAGAGCGCGGUUCCAUUCAUACCUCCGCGGCCAGACGGUCUCGGCCGCAGUUUGCACAGCCACGACGGGAGUCGAAGCAGUCGCUUCACUGAGGGUAUUGAUAUGUGA